AUGCCGCCCAAGAAAGCUGCCACCAAGCGCACGCGGGCUGCGAAUUCGGCUUCUCCCGUUCCUGCCUCGCGCCGGUCUGCGAGGAUGAGUCCAGGUCUUGGAGGUUCGAACUUGCCCAACAUCCCGACGAAGACGUCGUUUGCGUACGGCUCGUCUCAGACCCCAAUUCUCCCGCACAUGCUAGCCGCGAGGCCUCAGAUGAAUUUGGCGGAAAUGGCUGACUCUAUCGAAGAAGCCGUCCAAACCGCCAAAGAACGCGAGAAUAGCGACUCACCCCACAAUAUGCCAGCUUUGAGCACAAGCGGCACAAGCGGCACAAGCACGCGCAAGUCAGCUGAAACCUCGCCGCGAAGGACUCGACGACAACCUACGCCUGAUCAGGUGCAGCUGCUCACCUCGCUGCACGAAGCUUCGUCGGCGACACCGUCGACUCCCACUCGACAUUCCUUCUCUUCAGGAUCGAGUGUUAGGGAGGUCGCUGAGAAGCAACUCUACCCUUCUUACAUGGACCAAUUGCCGGAUCAAGCGGAGGUUCCGGCCGACGCAGAUCUGCAGGGACUGGGCUUGGACAACAUGUCGGUUAUCUCCUACAAUGUCGAGAGGGAUGUUCACGACGAUGACCUCAAGCGAACACGUUCAAAUAUCACUGCCCCACCUCGGCGAGUCUCCGGGCUCGACCUCAAGCACAGCACUAUCCUUGAGGAAGACGAGUCCUAUAUACCGUCCCCGUCAGUGGAUUCCUUUUCCGCUCCAGCUAAGACUAUCAUCUCGGAUCACGAUCCAAGGACCCCAUUAAGUCCACACUCCGAUGACUCAACUUCACAAUGGGAGAAGCCCAAAGACGGUUGGAUUCCAUGGCUUCUUCGAGCCCUUAUUGCGACGUUGGUGAUUUUUGGCAUUUAUUCCUUGCUAGGCAGUGCUUCAUCCUUUGACGCAAAACCUAUCCGCUUCAACAACAGCGAUCUAAAUGCGCUCUCCAGCCAGGUAGUAAACCUAGGCGCGCAAGUCUCUUCGCUGUCAAGGGACAUGAGAUCCGUCCGGGCAGAAGUCAGCAAUAUCCCUGCGCCAACAACCAUAUUACAAUACCCGAGCAAACACGGCCAGGAAAUCAUUAAGACAAACUUUCUCACCAGGGGCAAUGGUGUGAUUGUAGAUCCAUUUUUGACGAGCCCUUCAGCAUCACGUAAAGUCACGUGGACUCAAAGACUCUAUUUCUGGCUGUCCGGCGACAAGCAUAUGCGCCCGCAACCGCCACUUGCCGCCAUGACCCCGUGGAGCGAUUUCGGAGACUGCUGGUGCAGUGCCCCGAAGAAAGGAGUAACUCAGCUCGCAGUCCUGCUGGGCCAGCGCAUUGUCCCGGAGGAUAUCGUGGUCGAGCAUCUACCAAAGGAGGCGACGAUCCGGCCCCAAGUGGCCCCCCAGGAGAUGGAGCUGUGGGCAAGGUACCGAUAUGUCGGAAACGGCCGUCCAUACAAAAAUACAUGGUUUGCUUUCUUCCGGCGGUAUCCGAAGAACAUCGCCGGACAAGAUCCUCUGCCGUCUGAUCAGACGUUGGUGCGUCCGUCUGUGAUAGAGGCUCUCAGGCUUGCCUGGCGUGGGGAGUCGGAUGAUGAGUUUUCUGAUGAUAAGCAGCUGGGCCCGGAUUUCUUUCGUAUUGCCAAGUGGAUGUACGACAUCAACGACACGAACAAUAUCCAGCGGUUCCCGGUGAAUGCAUACAUUGAUUCGCCCGAUCUUCGUGUCGACAAGGUCGUUUUCCGGGUGAAGUCUAACUGGGGUGCCAACGAGACUUGCAUCUACCGCUUGAAGCUCCAUGGAAAGUUGUGA